AUGGCAGACAUAGAGACAAAAACCAUAUCAUUAGCACUGUAUCGUUAUAUGUAUCAGAACAUAAUUGGAUCAGAGAAUCAUGUUAAGAAUUUGAGAUUGAUGAAUACUGUCAGGGAUAAUAUGACGAGUCAAAAGUUUACCACUUUUAUCACAAGUGGAAGUUUUGGUGAAGGACUUGAGAUGAGAGGAAGUGAUUUAGAUGUAAUGUAUGUAAUUAGAAAGAUUGAGGUCUAUGAAAACGUCCAAACGUCUUUAAAUUCAAAUGCUUUAGAUUUGUUAAUGGAAACAGAUGAUGUAAAAGCUGGUUUCGCUCGGUUGCAAGUUAAACACAAUUAUAGUCAAAGUCCAGUUGAAUACUUUGAAGAUUAUAAUGGAAAACAUUAUUUUUCGAGCACAUUAUAUAAACAAUCAGUCGAGCGUCAUUCAAAUAGUGUAAUACAUGGGCCAUGUAUAUCUGACAAAGAAGGAAACUUUGACAGUGCUAUUUGCUUACAUUGUAGAACAUGGAUAUCACAAGCAUCACAGUGGAUAAAAAGAUCAAACAACUCAUGGCCAAGUUAUAAUGUCAAACAAAGUAUUAUAAAACAUGGAGUACUUUUUGUACCAGUAGGAGUAAAGGGAUCACCAAGAGAGAAUAUAGAAUGGCGAAUUUCUUUUUCUGUUGGAGAAAAAUUUCUUAUUAAUACUUUUACACAUACACAACUGUUAUGCUAUGCCCUCCUGAAAAUUCUUUUGAAAGAUGUAAUAUCAACCUACACCGAAUGUGAAGAUUUACUCUGUUCAUACUUCCUGAAAACAAUUAUGUUCUGGAUAUCAGAAGAAUUACCACAAUCAAUAUGGAAACCAGAAACUCUUAUACAUUGUUUUAUGCGAUGUUUAAGAAGACUGAUUUAUUCUGUUGACUAUUCAAUUUGUUUACAUUACUUCAUUCCAGAAAACAACUUGUUUGAGAACAAAAUAGAGGGACGCGCUGAUAAUCUGACAUUUAAAAUAAACUCUGGGCUUAUACCAAAUGAACUACAAAUGGAAGUGAAACAAAAACUAUAUCGUAUUUCCUCUAUAGUGUAUGCUUAUUUUCUAAAAAUAUUAUGUCAUUAUCAUCUCAAUAAUGUCAGACAAUGUCAGGAUUGCCUACAAACUUUACAAGUUAUUAUAGAUGAAAGCUAUUUUAUUGAAAAUGAGAAAUUGUUUCAUUCUGAAUCCUACAAAAUUCUCGGUAUAGCUUUACAACUACUUGGAGACAGUGAAUCCGCACAACAAGCAUUUAUGCAGUCAGCUCAAAUAGAGCCGGAUCAAAAAUAUAACACUUCUGUAAAGAGACUUACACUUAUGAACUCGUUGUAAUAUUUGUGCAUUCAGUUGAACAUUUUG